CUCCAGUUUUUAUGAUGAGCCCCAUCUGCUUAUGUAGGCUGUGAAUUAGCUACUGAACAUCAGAGGUUUAGCACAGCGUGUAUGAAUGAUACCUUAGGGUUAAUCUAGAUGCAUUGUGUGUGUGUGUGUGGGAGGAGUGUGUGUGUGUGUGAAAGAGAGAGAAGGAAAUGCUGGAGAUUUGUUGAACUUGUCAGAACUAGCAGGGAGAAAUGAACUGUAAUGUUCUCCUCCACGGGCUUGUUAUUUUUCAGAAUUAGGGCACAGUUAGGGGGGUCUGCCACCAGCUGCCCCUUAGCCUGAACACUCUGCACUGGUGGAGGGGGGGGGGGCUGCCAUGUGGCUGACAGGAAUGACAGGUACUCUCAUAGCUGGCUAAUGGGAGGUGUGUUUGGGUGGAGACCUGCAAUCAGUCCCGGGCUGUUCUCCAUUCCAGGAUGGGAUACAGGCAGAGUGCUGGGACAGAAGAUCACUCUGACAACAGUAGCAUCUUCAUGAUGGGGACCAAUGGCAAGAAGAAGGGGAUCCCUAGACCAGCUCAUGGCUGUACCGCAAUCCCCAGACUGGCCCUGGAAUUAAAGCAAAUCAUUCAUUGCACGUCACAUUCCAAGCUUCCCCAAGUGACUCCCAUACGGGUGAUGAUGCCUUUAGGACAGCUCAUCAAAGGAGCCAGCUUAGAUGAACUCAUACAGAUGUGUAUUCAAACUUUUGAUUCUGAAGGGAAUGUUUCUCAGAGCAGCGAGCUACUACAGAUUAUGUUGACAAUGCACGGAUUCCUGAUCCCUUCUUCAGACCUCCUCGGCAAGCUCAGGGCAUUAUAUGAAGAAGCUCUGCAGAAGAGGUCUUUGUUGUUCUGCCUCAAGAUCUGCUACUUUGUAAGAUAUUGGAUUACAGAACUCUGGACUAUGUUCAAGGUGGACUCGCGUCUCACUGAAACAAUGGAGGCGUUCCAAGAAUUGGUGCGAUCACAAGGGGAAGAAUUACAUUGGCAACUUCUUGACACAGCUCAGAUCAACUCUCGGCAGUGGUCUAGAAUACUGACACAAAGAAUAAGACCGAACUGUAGUAAGAAGAGGAAAGUCUCUCUUCUGUUUGACCACCUGGAGCCACAGGAACUGGCAGAACACCUAACUUACCUAGAGUUCAAAUCAUUCCGCAGAAUUUCUUUUUCUGACUAUCAGAACUACAUUGUAAACGGUUGUGUGAAAGAUAAUCCUACUAUGGAACGUUCAAUUGCACUCUGCAAUGGAAUUUCACAAUGGGUUCAGCUGAUGGUCCUAAGCCGGCCAACCCCUCAGCUCCGAGCCGAGGUUCUCACCAAGUUCAUUCAUGUGGCUCAGAAACUUCAUCUGCUCCAAAACUUCAACACUCUGAUGGCUGUUAUUGGAGGACUAUGUCAUAGUUCCAUUUCCAGACUCAAGGAUACCAGUUCUCAUGUGUCUCAUGAUGUCAGUAAGGUCCUUAAUGAGAUGACAGAGCUGCUGUCCUCCUGCAGAAAUUAUGAUACUUACAGAAGAGCUUACAAUGAAUGCAGCAAUUUUAAGAUACCCAUUCUUGGGGUACACCUGAAAGACCUUAUCUCUCUAUAUGCAGCCAUGCCAGACUUUUUGGAUGAGAAGAAAAUUAACGUACCCAAACUGCACUCUAUGUACAACCAUAUUAAUGAGCUGAUUCAACUACAAAACAUAGCUCUACCAUUAGAUGCUAAUAUGGAUCUUGUACAUCUGCUUACACUUUCCCUCGACUUGUAUUACACAGAGGAUGAAAUGUAUGAGCUGUCAUAUGCACGAGAGCCAAGGAAUCAUCGCGCACCACCUGUCACACCCUGUAAGCCUCCAGUUGUUGCAGAUUGGGCAUCUGGUGUAUCUCCUAAACCUGACCCCAAAACAAUCAGCAAACACGUGCAGAGGAUGGUAGAUUCUGUGUUUAAGAAUUAUGAUCUGGAUCAAGAUGGAUACAUAUCCCAAGAAGAGUUUGAGAAAAUAGCGACCAGCUUCCCUUUCUCUUUCUGUGUGAUGGAUAAAGACAGAGAUGGCCAGAUCAGCAGACAAGAAAUCACAGCAUACUUCAUGAGAGCGAGCUCAAUAUGCUCCAAACUUGGCUUGGGAUUCCUCCACAACUUCCAGGAGACCACUUACCUGCGCCCAACCUUCUGUGACAACUGUGCUGGCUUUCUCUGGGGUGUGAUCAAGCAAGGAUACCGCUGCAAAGACUGUGGGAUGAACUGCCAUAAACAAUGUAAAGAGCUGGUGGUGUUCGAAUGUAAGAAGAGGUCUAAAGGCUCCACAGAAGACAGCAGUUUAUCUCAGGACAAUGCCACAUCUGACAUUUCCUUGGCCAGUGACAAAGGGUUAACAAAUGACUGUCCAGCUGAAGAGGACUCCUUUCCUUACCCAAAUGGUGAAGACAAUGAGCACACACAGGUCGGCAAAGACAGGACAAUCAUGCUGAUGGGAAGUUCAUCUCAGAAGAUCUCUGUACGGCUGCAAACAACAAUGAGACACCGGGGGACGCAGACAGAAGAACGGCCUCCCAGUCCCUGCUUACAGGUUCCCUCACCUCACAGGAGUCGAACACCAGAUGGCAGUCCUAGUCCACUUUUAAUUAGGAAGAGGGCCUAUGCCAAGUGGGAAAAUAAAGACUCUGUCCGCAAAGUCAGAGAGGAAAGAAGAGGAUGUAAACAAACACAAGAGCUGGAAAAGGAAAGAUCCCUGUUAAAGGAGGAGAACACAAACUUGAGGAUCCAGCUUAGAGAUGCGCAGAGAAAAAUUGAGGCUUUGCGAUCGGAGCUUAGAAAGUAUGUCAUGGACAAUGAGACUGUUGGGAAAGGAUCAUAGGUUCAGGGACUGCUGGAAAGCCCAUUGCCACGCAGUGUACAGAUACAGGCUACUGAGCAUCAUGGACACGAUAUCCACAGCUGGAGGGUAGUACUGUAAAACUAGGUGCUCACCGGUUGCACAGUGGAACACAUCAGGGGUUUUGCAGAAUUAUGGGAUAUGGUGUACACCUUACUUCCGUGAAGGUUAAUUAUAUGUAUACCUGUUCUAAAACUCUUCAUGUAAUCUUAGGGUUCCUCCCCUUAAUACAUCGCUGUUCAUCGUCUGGAUAUGGGGUGUUGAUUAGUAGUUGAAGGUGUGUAAAUACAACCGUUGUCUAGACAGUUUAUCUAGUAAGGUUGAACACAUUGGUGAUGUCUGUGUACAAUGUAUGUAGUGCUCUCCUUACCUGACUGGCAUGUUGGAACAUAACACACCUAAAGCAACAAACACAGAAUGUAUUUAUAGUUCAGAACCGAAUGCUAAAUGAAGCAUCUUCAUGGCUGCUCUGCUUCUGCUGUUUUU